AUGCAUUAUACUCCACGAUUUGUUCUUCAAGCUCAUCACAUCGUCAAAAUUGUUUAUUAUAACACAUGUGUCUUUUCAUCUCCAUCCGAUUAUGAAAAAUUGAAAUCAAAUAAAAGUCUUGGUCAAUUAAUAUUCUUUCUUGGUUUAAGUUUAAUUGCAAUAACAGGUGUUGAUUUGAGUAGUAUGUCUUAUACAAUAGUAACAAGUGAACAAUCGAUUUGGCCAAGUUCAGGACGAGGAAUUUGGAUUGGUUUAUUCGUAAUGGCAGUUGGAGCAUUUACAAUUAUCGCUGUACGUGAACAAACCCAUGGUGCAUUUUAUGUUUUACUUCCUUAUGCGAUUGUUGCGAUGAUUUUUUGUUUAUUUGGUUUAUUAACAUCAAUAUCUGUUCUCGAUCAUUAUUUAAAAGAUCCGGAAUUAUCUCAAAAAGAAAAUCGAAAUAAAAAACAAGGAAUUCAAUUUGCACUUGCAGGUUUAUUCAUUGGACUUUUUGGUUUAACAUUUCUAUUUUUAUCGUGUCUUUCUUGUAUGAUUUGUUGGACAAUACCGAAUCUUUGUACAAAAUAUCAAGGAAGAGAUCCAGAACCAAUUUCACAAAUACAAUCUUCACCUCCGAUGAAUUAUCCUUUGACACCAUUAGGAACACCUCGACAAAGAUUAAUUCCAAAUAGUCCAAGAUUUCCUUCUACGAGACAAUAUCGAGUGUAA